AUGUCGCGGAAAAGGUUUCAUGGGUUGAAGCGAGUGAAAGUUCGCAUGACAUGGAACAAAUACAAUCUUUAUAACCUCAGUCGAUUGCGGCCGCGUUUCUCUUUUGGCACAUUCUUUCAGCAAAAAUGGGCCGCUAAAUCUGCCUCAAGGGCGUACCAUGGCGAGCAGAUCCGCGAGAAACAAUGGCAGAGGAUGUUUACAUCAAAGUUGGACGCGGUCAUUCCUAUGGAUUACAAAUAUCUAGCACAGCACGACGGCUCGGAACUUGCUGCAGGGCGUGGAUCUGGACUAGAGCAAAAGCGUUACGACCCAAACGACCCUCAGAUGAAAGAGCCAAGGAAGAAAUUCAAGAUACCCUAUAUGGCGCAGACCUUUGCUCCCAUAGAGCGGCGAUUAGACGUAGCUGUUUUUCGGGCAUUGUUUGCAAGCAGUGCGAGGCAGGCAAGACAAUUUGUGACGCAUGGCAGUGUCAAGGUCAAUGGUCAAAAGAUGCCUUACCCAGGAUACUUGCUCAAUCCAGGAGACAUGUUUCAAGUCGAACCGGAGCGCGUUCUCUUUGCAACUGGUCAGACGAAGACAGCCGAACAAGUAAAGAAAGGUCGCGAGAAAAGAAAAGUUCAGCGUGAGGUGAAUGCCAGAAGGCACGAAAAGAGGAUUGAGGCUCGAGCACAAGCUUUGAAGAAUGCCGCAGCGAAAAUAGCGGCACAAAAGAAGGAAGCACUGGCCCCAACACCACGCCCGAUACUAAGUGAGCCCAUGGGGGAUGUGGAGGCGAGGAAACAGAGGAGGUCAGAUUUACAGGCUCUGGUCACGCAAGUCAAAGCUUUGAUGGAAAACACCAAGAGCCCACCUUCGGCAAAGAAGAAGCAGGAGUUGCGGAAGUUCACUAAGGAUGUGAGACAAACCAUGGCUUCAGUCAAUCGCAAACCAAUUGACGAUUUGGAUGGAGAUCUCGCUAAACUCGUCGACCGACUGACCUUAACCACCGGAAAAUCAUUACCAGCUGCGAAAACACUUCAGCCUCCUACAAAGACCGAGACGGCCCCAGCUUCACAAUCUUCCAGUGUGGUUACAACGGUCUCCAAUGCCGCAAAACAACGAGCCCGCAAGGCUUUACAGGAAAGUCGCCAAAAUAUCAUUGACGAAUCUAAGCCGUACGCAACCCCAUGGCGGCCACGACCUUAUAUGAGUGCUUUCGCAUUUGUUCCCCGAUACUUAGAAGUAAACCACAAAAUCUGCUCAGCAGUUUAUCUUAGACAUCCUGUGGCGAAAGCGGGACUUUCAGAGGUACCUUCCCCUUUCGCCCCCGACACACUGCAACUGGCGUUCAACUGGUAUUUGAGAAGACGGUAG